GUCAGUACUUCGAUUUAUUGUCCAAGUUACCCCGUAUAAAUAAGAAUUUCCUUAGCUUCGGCGAAAUAGUUGAAUGUAUUGAAAUUUUUCGUCAAAAUGAUGCAGCAUAAGUUUUUAUUGUUUUCGGCUGUUUGUUGCUGCCUCCUGCAGGCGAUGCUAUGUGACCUACCGCCGAGCGCAAUGUUUAGACCAAAAUUUGGAAGACAAUCGUCUAUUUCAUCAACACCUGCAACCAGCGCAGUAUCUAGUUCAGAUGCGCAAGGAAUUCAAAAUCAACUGAGUCAACUCGCUCAAAACGAAGGAGCCGGAUCGAAAUCAGAUAUUGAAGUAACAACAGUAAAAAAAGAAGACUCGGUAGAGUCUACCUCGCAGGAAACACCCACCUCAGAUGCAGUUUCUCCAAAAGACCCUGCUACAGAAGUUAACACCGAAGAAGGCGACUCUUCCUCUCCGUCAAAGAAAAAGAAAUCCAAGACCCCUUCCAGAAAAAAUUCCAAUUCAAAAGACCCCCUCGAUAUCUCCGACCUAGACGAACUCAGAGAACGUUCCAAAGAUGUAAUUCGUGAUCUGCUCCGAAACCAGAACGCUAAUAGAGCCUUAACACUUUUGGCCACCAAUGCCAGAUACCUUCUGGAAAACAAGGUCUCCUCCAAUAUGAUCCUAACACAUACCGGCCUCAUAAAAGAUACCUUAAUGAACGAAGAAGCCAAGGAAAUCAUCAAAGAUGUUCGUAUGGAUAUUUUGAGCACGUUCCUGAACCCAGAAACUCCAGAAAAGGUGAAGACCGCUUUGACAGCCAGUAAAAAUUAUUUGGCCGAUGAAACCAUGCCUGCUCUGGUGCGUAAAAGAUUCAAAAUGUUGAAAAAAAUGAUCAAAAAUAAGAAAACUUAUUCGGCUUUUGUGUCCGUGAAAAACGCUAUAAUGAAAUUCAUGGAAACCGGCGAUGUUAGAAGGAAAAUAGCCAAAGGAUUCCAACUGCUAGAUUUUGGUAUUCACUUCGAUCCGAAUAAUUUACUGGGGUCGCUUGGACUUUCGAUUUUUAAGCGAUGAGCGUGAGAGAUGGUGUGAAGAGCGCGGUUUAGAAAAUAAAAUAAUUGUAAAUUUAAGCUAUUCAAUCGGUACUCUGAUGUGAGUUUUGUAAUAUGAAUUACCUACCAAUAAAACUUCAGGGAUUUACCCGUA